GGGCUCGGGAGCCCAGCGCGCAGCCGGAGCCCAGCGCGCAGCCGGAGCCCCUCGCCCGCCAUGCCCGCCGACGGGCAGCUGCUGAGCGCCCCCGCCGCCUGCCCGGAGCCCGGCGAGCAGCAGUACCUGCAGCAGGUGCGGCACAUCCUGCAGCACGGCCACCGGCGGCAGGAUCGCACCGGCACCGGCACCAUCUCCGUGUUCGGCAUGCAGGCGCGGUACAGCCUCAGAGAUCAGUUUCCACUGCUGACAACGAAGAGGGUGUUCUGGAAGGGAGUGCUGGAGGAGCUGCUGUGGUUCAUCAAGGGUUCUACAAAUGCCAAAGAGCUCUCUGCAAAAGGUGUGAAGAUUUGGGAUGCUAAUGGGUCGCGUGAGUUCCUGGAUAAGCAGGGUUUCAGCACCAGAGAGGAGGGUGAUUUGGGACCAGUGUAUGGUUUCCAGUGGAGGCAUUUUGGAGCAGAAUACAAAGAUAUGCACACAGAUUACUCCAACCAAGGAGUUGAUCAGUUGCAAAAAGUGAUUGAAACGAUCAAAACCAAUCCAGAUGACAGAAGAAUCAUUAUGUGUGCUUGGAAUCCCAAAGAUAUUUCCCUGAUGGCUUUGCCUCCGUGCCAUGCCCUUUGCCAGUUCUAUGUUCUAAAUGGUGAAUUGUCUUGCCAACUCUAUCAGAGGUCUGGAGACAUGGGACUAGGAGUGCCUUUUAAUAUUGCCAGCUAUUCACUGCUCACGUACAUGAUUGCUCAUGUCACGGGGCUGAAGCCUGGAGAGUUCAUACACACCUUGGGAGAUGCUCACAUAUAUCUGAACCAUGUGGAACCUCUAAAAGUCCAACUUCAGAGGGAGCCAAGACCUUUCCCCAAACUCAGAAUUCUUUGUGAGAUUAAAGACAUCAGCGACUUCAAGGCAGAAGACUUUCAAAUUGAAGAUUAUAAUCCUCAUCCACCUAUUAAAAUGGAGAUGGCUGUCUAAUGCUAUAAACCAUCAUUAAAUAUUAAUGUGGAAAUGUACCUAAGCUACUUAGUUUC